GGCUCUCACUUGUUUCGACGUUGUUGUUAUUCUUGGAAGUGUCCCGUGGUAGCUCCGGCUUUCUUUUUACUACAAUCAUAGGCAAUGGGAUUUCUCGAUCGCCUUAGCGGCCGGAAGCCGAGGGAGGUUAAGGAGGAACAACAACCUGCUGAGCCGGCGCCAGUUCCAGAGCCAGCGCCUUCUCUGCCGUCAACAUCACCGCAGUCCGAUGCAAUCCGGGACGUGGCACCUAAUAGCACGCUUCUGGCUUCAGCAGGGAUAUCAGCUGCACAAGGAAAACUCUACAACCCGUAUGAGGGCCUCGUAGCUCAGGUUGGCACCACGAAGCACGCCUUCCGGCUUCCUGAAGGGCCGGAGUUCGUGUUCGAGGAGGAAGCCUCCGUGCGGAGAAGAGACUGGACGCAGCAUCUACAGUUCUACUGUGGAGGCGGUUACCUAGCUGGUGGGAUUGUUGGCGUGACCUGUGGCCUCUACAAGUUCGUUGUUGACAAACCAGAAAUCGUCACGGACACCAUGAAGCUCAAGAUGAACCGGCUACUUAACACUUCGGGCUCCUUUGCGCGGCCCUUCAGCAACAGCCUCGGCAUCCUCGGAAUGUUCUUCUCGGGCUUUGAGAGCGUGUACGUCCACCAGCUGGAGCAGUACGGCGUCCCCGAUAGCGCCAGCACGCUCCUGGCCGCCCCCUCAGGCUUCACCAGCGGCGCGCUAUUCCGCUUGCCGCGCGGGCCGCGUCAGGCGGUGGUGGCGGGUGCCGUGGGCGUGGUCGCAUCGAGCGGCAUCAUCGGCCUGCGGCAAUACUUCCCCUCACUGUAAGCGGGUCUCCACUACCUCGGAGGCGUUGGAGGAGGAGCUGGGGUGUAGGUGCUGUGCAGCUGGGGUGCCGCACACCUGUCUAGGUGCCGUGGACGCGAGGGAAGAGCCUCGCCGUGGUGCGGUGUGGUGUGGUGAAGUGGCUCAAGGGUGCGGCGGGGACGCCGUUGGGACUGGGGUCGGGGUGCUGCAGCAGGAGAGGGCCGUUUCGUUGUCGGCCAUGGGUGUUUUCUACGGGAGGAAAGGGGUGUCCGUCCGCCUGAUGGGUACACAUGGCAGGGGGGGCACCGGGCGGGCUGGUUGGGUUAUGAUGCUCUGGUGAGCUCCUAGAAGCCGGGUAGGACGUAGGAGGUGCAGCGGGCGCCGGGUUGGACUGGGGAAUUGGCGUACUGUGUACGAUGGAGGGGCUUUAAUGGUUAGACCCAAGAGCCAUACUUUUAGCAGAUGAUGGGUCGUUAGGGUUGGAUCCAUGCCAUGGAAGGGGCUGGGCUGCAGUGUCCUGACCGCUAACCGGCAGGGGCAGGUCGCUGUAAGAGUGGAAGGGUAUGAUGGGGUGUCUUACCUGGGUGACAUUCUUUUCGUUGUGGCAGUGGGGUUUCGGGAGGGGACUGGGGAGCUGGCUGGUUGCGAGCGGAAUCUUGGGCUGGGGUGGUCUCGGAUGUUGUGCCGGUAUAGACGGGUGUAUGAGCUGCUGGGGCCUUAACCUGGACUGCACGGGCUGCGGGCAGAUUGGCCGCUUGGAUGGCCGUUACGAGUCGCCUCGCUUUGAUAUACAUUGUUCCUUUGUUUGGCUACCUUUGUCAGUUCCAAACGAGAAGUGCCAUGGUGUGUGAGUUGCAGGCCAUGCACAAUACAGGAUCAGCUCGUUUUGGUGCGCGGUAUCUAUUAAUCCUGCAUAGCCCCGUGCAUUUGGGUUAUAUGACCAAAUGCGUGUGGCUUUGACAAUGUGUAAGUUGCGAAAUGCAG